AUGGCGGAUAGAAGAGUAACCAAGACCAAGUUGAUCUUUGGCUUCCUUUUUGUGGGUUAUGUAUCAAUAGCUUGCACCUAUGCUGCAGACACCCUAUUCGUAAAAGAAACCAUUAGAUACAAUAAAACCAUCGUUUCACCACAAGAAACCUUCGAACUUGGUUUCUUUAGCCCCGCCAACUCCACGAACCAUUAUGUCGGAAUUUGGUACAAGAAAAUACCAAAACCAACCGUUGUAUGGGUAGCCAACCGGGACGCAUCACUCACAGAUACCUCCAGAGAGCUAACUCUCACCCUUCAGGGAGUUUUAGUUCUCCAGGAUGCCACCACGGGCAAUAUCCUAUGGUCAUCAGCGAACUCAUCAAGAGCAUCGGUGAUGAAUCCGAUUGGGCAGCUUCUAGAUACAGGCAACUUUAUAAUUUAUCAGGAAGGUGAUCAAGAAAAUCCCAUAUGGCAAAGUUUCGACUUUUUGACAGACACUUUUCUUCCCGAAAUGAAGUAUAGCUGGAAUUUGGUUACCGGGGUUGAAUGGCGCCUGACGUCAUGGAAAUCGGUCAAUGAUCCUUCUUCCGGUAAUUUUUCUUAUGGGAUUGAUAAGAGAGGUUAUCCUCAGCCGAUCCUAAUGGACGGGACGAGCAUAAUGUUUCGGACAGGUCCAUGGAAUGGACUUAGAUAUACCGGACUCCCUAAUUUGAGACCGAACUCGGUUUACAACUUCACCUUUGUUCUUAAUCAAAGAGAGAUUUACUACCGGAAUGAACUUAUAAAUACUUCAGUUUCAAUGAGGUUGGUGUUAUAG